AUGUUGAUUUCUUCACGGAUCGUUCAAAGCUCGUUGGUUAAUGUCCCGCUAAGGUUACCUAGGUUUUUUACUCAAGCUCGCCGAGUAUAUAAAGAAGAAGAACCUAGCACUCCUCUAUCACCCACACCUGAACAACCCGAACAGAAAUAUACGCAUUUUGGUUCGAAGACUGUUUUGAAGUCUUCUAAACAGAAGUUGGUUGGUAAUGUCUUCUCUUCUGUGGCAAAUCGGUACGAUUUGAUGAAUGACGUUAUGUCAUUGGGUAUUCACAGAUUAUGGAAAGAUCAUUUUAUCAACAAAUUAGAUGCAGGCAAAAGGCCAAACUCUACCGCUCCUUUGAACUUCAUUGACGUGGCUGGUGGGUCCGGCGAUAUCGCUUUCGGACUAUUGGACCAUGCUGAGUCGAAAUUUGGUGAUACUGAAUCUACAAUGGAUAUUGUAGAUAUCAACGCUGACAUGCUUAAAGAAGGUGAGAAAAGAGCUAUGGAACAAGGUAAAUAUUUUAAGGAUCCUCGUGUCAGAUUUUUGGUGUCUAAUGGAGAAGUACUGGAGGAAAUUGAGUCUAAUUCUAAGGACAUUUACACAGUUUCCUUUGGUAUUAGAAACUUCACUGAUAUUCAAAAGGGGUUGAAUACCGCUUAUAGAGUGUUGAAGCCGGGUGGUAUUUUCUAUUGUUUGGAAUUUUCCAAGGUUGAGAACCCCCUUAUGGACUUUGCUUACCAACAGUGGGCUAAAGUUUUACCUGUCAUGGGUUCAAUGAUUGCUAAUGACUAUGACUCUUAUCAGUAUUUAGUGGAAUCUAUUGAAAGAUUUCCUGACCAAGAAACGUUCAAAUCCAUGAUCGAAAAGGCGGGUUUUAAGUCAGCAGGUUAUGAAAGUUUAACUUUUGGCAUAUGUGCCAUUCAUUGGGGUAUUAAAGUUUAA